AGCGAUGAGCAUCAUGAACAGCUUUGUGAAUGACAUCUUCGAGCGUAUUGCUGCCGAGGCUUCUCGUCUGGCGCACUACAACAAGCGCUCUACCAUCACCAGUCGGGAAAUCCAAACUGCUGUUCGCCUGCUCCUGCCCGGAGAGUUGGCUAAGCACGCCGUCAGUGAGGGAACCAAGGCUGUCACCAAGUACACCAGCUCCAAGUAAAUUUUCUCGCAGAUGCGGAGGAACAUUAAAAAGGCCCUUUUCAGG